AAUAUGUCAUUACGCAAAUUGCACGUGUGCGUGUAGAGCGGAAGUUCACUUCGAUUGGUCGCUUUUGAUUCGUUCGACGAUGUUCACGUGAAAGGAUACUGACUAGUAAACAAACUCAGACCGUGCCGUAAUUAAACGUACUAACUCAUCUCGUUCAUUUAAUCUGAGACGUAUUCCGUCUCGGAACACACUAGAAACGGUUGCAGAGUGUAACAGCUUUCUUUCUAGUUACGAUAGAGAAAGUUAUUGUGCGUUAUUACAAAUUUCCUACACCUGUGUGGGAAACUCCUGAGCUCCUUGCCUGCUAGUAGAAGAUUUUUCAAUACUAACAGUUGUUCACGAGGAAAAUGGCUCCAAAUCAGUCUUUAAAAUCUUGUGUGGUUAACAUACGUUCUUGCAGAAAAAGUGACUCGGAGCUCGUGAAAAACGACAAAAGAGUGCAUUUUGCGGAUUCAAUGGGGCUUGCUCUGGUAUCCAUCGUUUAUUUACCUCAACCUCCUCCAAGAACGAAAUUACUUUGGCAGCGAAGAUGCAACGGGAAAGUUAGGCCAUUAAAUUUUAUACCACCAGGGGAAAGAAGAGACUUCCAUGAAAGACUGAACAGCUUAAACGUUUCCCUAGAAAAAAUCGUUUUGCGGAACUCUGGGGUCUUUGGAACAGUAAAAGUUCGAAAUUUGGCGUACUAGAAAAGAAUUACCGUCCGGUAUACGAUUGAUGGUUGGUCAAGUUAUCGUGAUGUAGUCGGUAAUUAUGCACCCGACUCUCACACUGGAUUCACUGACACUUUCUCCUUUGAAAUAGCCUUGCCGACAACCCUAACCAAAGACUGCAAACUGGAGUUUGCUGUGUGCUACAAGGUACUCGGAGUAGAAUUUUGGGACAAUAAUAGUGGAGACAAUUAUCGUGUUAUGUGCCAUUCACCGAACCAGUGGAAAUCUCAAGAAUGGGUUUAUAAUAAUAACAGUAGUUUAAAUGUUUAUGCGCAUAUACAAUACAGAUACGUGGGGCUUGGAUUUUGAAAAUUAACGAUGUUUAAAUGUUAAGUUGAAAUAAGAUCUUAUCGAGAAGUUUUUUCACCGGCCUAGAAUCGAACUCUAACCGGUGUAUUAAAGCGUCAAUGUGUUUCAAGAUACCUAUUCAAGCAUAAUUUUUCCGGAACGUCUUCAACGUAAAGAUUUUUCGGAGUUUUAGUUUCUUACUGAUCAUUUGGUCGGUAUAGUCAUUUUAAAGUUUUCAAGGGGAAAGUCAGAUGCCUGUCAAGUCAUCUUCUUGAGCUGUCUCCGUAACAACAUCUUACGUUGCUAACGAUAAAAGAAUUUUGUACUCGUGUAUAAAUCAUUGUGUCGAAGGUCGAGUUGACGUCUUAUUUAUUUCUUAAUUUGGUUAUAUAAAUGGAGAGACAUAUUAAAUUAAUCGUUCCUGAA